AUGCGCAGGAGCCAUGAGAUCAUGAAAGACGGUGUGUUUGGUGCAGAAACUAAUGAAAUACAGUCAGUGUCAGUGAUGGAGGGAGAUUCUGUCACUUUAAAAACUAAUGUUACUGAAUUACAUGGAGAUGAAGACAUAACAUGGAAAUUUGGAGCUGAAAAGUCUCUCAUAGUUAAAAUCACUGAGAAACGAAACUUUUCAACAUUUGAUGUUCCUGAUGGGAGAUUUAGAGACAGACUGAAGCUGGAUGAUAAGACUGGAUCUCUGACCAUCACUAACAUCACAACUCAACAUGCUGGACGCUAUGAACAACAGAAAAGGGGAGUGAAACUGUCAUCAAAAAUAUUCAGUGUUUCUGUUUAUCCUCAUCUGCCUGUUCCUGUCAUUAGAAGAGACUGUUCUUCUUCAUCAUCAUCAUCAUCAUCAUAUUGUUCAUUGUUGUGUUCAGUGGUGAAUGUGAGUCAUGUGACUCUCUCCUGGUACAAAGGAAACAGUUUAUUGUCCAGCAUCAGUGUGUCUGAUCUCAGCAUCAGUCUCUCUCUACCUCUGGAGGUGGAAUAUCAGGAUAACAACACCUACAGCUGUGUGCUCAACAAUCCCAUCAGCAACCAGACCACACAUCUGGACAUCAGUCAACUCUGUCACACAUGUUCAGGUACGGCAGCACUAUAUAUGUCAUUGGAUGAACACUUUACUUCACAAUCAGUCUUUCUGAUAGUGCUGGUUUCUGCUGCUGCUGGAUCUCUGUUGAUUGUAGCUGCAUUUGGGAUCUUCUGCAUCUGCAGGAAACACAGAAAAACUGAUCAAGAAGUUCAGACUCGUACAGAAGAGAUCGCUUACUCUGAUCUGACAUUUCACAGAAGAAAUGAACAGAAAUCGCAUGUUAAAGAGGAAGACAAUGUGGAGUAUGCACCUGUUGCCACGAGAAUAUGA